AGCAGCAGUGCACAAGUUACUGCUUCCUGUCAACGUAGGUUGACAUUAUGGCUUUUCUGUUCAGGCUGGUGGUGGUCUCCUUACUGGCAUUGGAGACAUGUAAAGUAAAAGCUUCUUAUGUUCCUUCAAUGCCUGUGUCUGGCAUUCUAACGUCUGGUCCAAACAAACCACACAAAUUGCCAAAUGUGCAACGCUAUUCCCCAUGGUUUCCAAGGAGUUUCCAUGGUUUCUUUACCCCUCAGCAGGAACCGGGCAGUAGUAAACCUCAGUUACCUACUGAGCCGAAGUUUCCAAUGGGAGGUCCAGUCCCUUCAGUCAAGCCACCACAGUUUCCUAGAAAGCCUCCUUGUCCAGCAGGUUCUUGCAGGUCACCAACAUUCCCUGUUGAGCCAAAGUACCCAAUAGGAGGGCCAGUUCUUUCAUCCAACACACCAAGGCUUCCUGUUGAACCCAAGUAUCCACUAGGAGGUCCAGUUCCUCCAUCCAACCCACCAAGGCUUCCUAUUGCGCCAGAGUACUCCAUGGGCCAUCCAGGCCUGCUGUUCAACCCAUUAUUGCUUCCUAUAGCCCCACAGUACCCAGCAGGAUUUCCAAUCCCUCCCUUUAGCCCAGCAAUUCUUCCUGUUGAGCCCAAGUACCCAAUAGGAGGUCCAGUCCCUUCAGUCAAGCCACCACAGUUUUCUAGAAAGCCUCUUUGUUCAAGUGGAAGACAAUUGGGUUCUUGCUGGCCACCAGGUUUCCCCAUCGAACCAAAGCACCCAAUAGGGGGUCCAAUCCUUCCAUCCAACCCACCAGCGCUUCCUGUUGACCCAAAGUACCCAAUUGGAGGUCCAGUCCUUCCGUCCCACCCACAAGCACUUCCUGUUGAACCAAAGUACCCAAUUGGAGGUCCAGUCCUUCCGUCCCACCCACAAGCGCUUCCCGUUGAACCAAAGUACCCAAUUGGAGGUCCAGUCCUUCCGUCCCACCCACAAGCGCUUCCCGUUGAACCAAAGUACCCAAUUGGAGGUCCAGUCCUUCAGUCCCACCCACAAGCGCUUCCUGUUGAACCAAAGUACCCAAUUGGAGGUUCAGUCCUUCCGUCCCACCCACAAGCGCUUCCUGUUGAACCAAAGUACCCAAUUGGAGGUUCAGUCCUUCCGUCCCACCCACAAGCGCUUCCUGUUGAACCAAAGUACCCAAUUGGAGGUCCAGUCCUUCCGUCCCACCCACAAGCGCUUCCUGUUGAACCAAAGUACCCAAUAGGAGGUUCAGUCCUUCCGUCCCACCCACAAGCGCUUCCUGUUGAACCAAAGUACCCAAUUGGAGAUCCAGCCCUUCCGUCCCACCCACAAGCGCUUCCUGUUGAACCCAAGUACCCGAUAGGAGGUCCAGUCCUUCCGUCCAACUCACCAUCACUUCCUGUUGAACAAAAGUACCCAAUAGGAGGUCCAGUUCCUCCAUCCAACCCACCAUGGCUUCCUAUUGCACCAGAGUACUCGGUAGGCCAUCCAGGCCUGCUGUUCAAUCCAUUAUUGCUUCAUAUAGCCCCAGAGUACUCAAUAGGAUUUCCAAUCCCUUCCUUCAACCCACUAGUGCUUCCUGUUGAGCCCAAGUACCCAUUUGGAGGGCCUGCCCCUCUGUUUAACCCACCAGUACUUCCUGGUGAACCAAUGUAUCCAGUAGGGGGUCCAGCACCUCAGGUCCAACCACCACAGCUUCCUAGUAAGCCUCCUUGUUCAGUGGGUAGUCCCUUUAGUGUUUGUAGGCUACAAACAUUCCCUGUUAAGCCCGGGCACCCCAUAGAGGUUCCAGUCAGCCAUGGCCUCAUGCCUUUUUUCCAAACCUUGGCAUCUGGCAAGGUUCCUACAGAGCGCUUGAAUCGGGGAUAUCCAGGAUGCUAUAGCAAAUGGCCGUUUCUGCAAUCAAAGCUCUGCUUCUAGAGAGCUUCAGAAGGUCCAGAAGCAAUAAUUAGACUGAAUCAUUCACCUCUUGCAAUAAAGAACUCAUUACAACA